AUGCAGCCUCCAUUUCCGUUCAGUCGGACCUCCUACCCCGUCCCGCCAGCUACACGCCGUCCACGCGCAGCCGCGUCCAACUCCAACCUUAAGGGCGGAGCCGGGUCCCCUGGGCCGUCGAUCUCUCGCUUACUGGCCGCGGCUGCUGCGGUUACAGCCAGUAGGAGCUGGGUACUACAUGAUGGGGACAGUACCGGAGGAGUAGGGCUGAUCGUGCUCGCCCUCUUCGGAGGAAGGAUAUGGCGGGAAGUGAUGAAGCGGAGAGGGGACAAGAAGGGGAAACGGAAAGAAGUAGGCGGUGUCGAGGUCCUCAGCUUGGAGCAAGUCGGCUCGGCUCUUGCUCUGGUUGCUCAGGCCAUCGCGUUCUUCAUGGCUAUAAAGUCGAUUGGGCCAUUACGAGGCUCCUUGCUAACUAUCACUUGUAGCAUAAUAGGACCGAUGUGGAAAGAUGAUCCAGGGAUCACACGACGGCCAUUCCCCUUUGUCCCCGCCAUUCUCGCUUGCGCUUUCGUCCUAUUCGACGCACACAAGCUACACGGUCCCGAGUGCUUGAUCAACCUCUUUACUUUGAUCGCAUUGACCCUUAUCUUAUGCGGUCCGUGGGCUUCCGCGCUCGAGCUUCGAAGCCGGAACGCCCGGCCUGGCGGAGGAGGACGGCUCGGUCGAUUGGCUCUUACAUUCGGCGUCGCUGUCGUAUCCAUCUUGGGCCUGGCCUAUCUGGACGUCAUCCCGUAUCCGCAUACUAUGCUCCACUUUCCCCUACACCACCUCGGUCUUCCCCUCGCUACUGCUGCUCUGGCAGCCUACGCCCCUGUCCCUUUCGCGCCCUCCUAUGACCCCAAGCCCGCCGCCCGACUCCGUAACCCCCGAGACUACGUCGUCUACCUCCUCGCCAUCGUCGUCCUCCAAUUCUUCGCGCUCCAUCCGCUGCCGACUACGAUCGACGUACUCGUCCUCCUUCCCUUGGUCCUAUCGACGAUAUACCUCAAGCCGUACCCUGAGGCCUACACGCCCAAAGCAACCGGUAUCAAGGACUGGAAGUACACCCCGGCGCCGAUGGUGUCAACCAAUUCGAAAUGGUCCUACUGGAACCUCAUUCCUCAGGCAUGGAAACCCCACUUCCAGACCAUACUACAUACCGACUCGUCCCGCAAGAUUCUGUACUUCUUGCUGAUCAAUCUUGGGUAUAUGGGAGUGCAGAUGGGGUAUGGAGUGAUGACCAACUCUCUCGGCCUGAUAUCCGAUGCAAUUCACAUGUUCUUCGACUGUUUGGGUAUCGGCAUUGGACUCUGGGCGUCCGUUGCGGCGACGUGGAAGCCGGACGGGCGGUAUACGUUUGGUUACUCUCGUGUGGAGACAUUGAGCGGCUUUACAAACGGUCUCUUCCUGAUUCUGAUCUCCGUCUUCAUCAUCUUCGAAGCUAUCCAGCGCAUUAUGGAUCCACCUGAAAUGGAAAUGCGCCAGCUACUGCUCGUUUCCAGUAUCGGCCUCGGGAUCAACCUGUUUGGGAUGUGGGCGACGGGCGGGCAUCAUCAUCAUGGCCAUAGCCAUGGCGGACACGGACACGAUCAUGGACAUUCUCAUGGACAUGUACAUCACAAGAAGGAGGACCACAUGCAUGCCGACGACCACCAGCAUCACGAUCACUCGCAUGACGACCACGACCACGGUCAUUCUCACGGAGCGACCCCUCUCAAUAGCCUGGGACACGCUCGGCGGCGGUCAUCCGGCAAGGGCUCGAACGACCUGACGCUCUCCUCACAGCACCACCACGAGCACGAUCACCAUCGCGCCGACGCUUGUGACGGACACGACCACUCAACUCAUGACCACGCCAUGACGCCGGAUCAUUCACACUCCCACGACCACACUGACUGCCUUCACGACCACGGCCAUCAAGAGCAGCAUAAUCACUCUGCGCAUGGUCAUGACCACACCCACGAUCACCCACACGACCACAAGCACGACAAUCAUGUACACGACCACUCUCACGAUCACGGACACUCCCACUCCCAUCACGGCCACGCGCAUAGUCACAACAUGCGCGGAGUCUUCCUUCACGUCAUGGCGGACACCUUAGGCAGUGUCGGGGUCAUCAUCUCCACCCUCAUGAUCAAGUACACAGGCUGGACCGUGUUUGAUCCCAUCGCCAGUCUCUUCAUCGCCGCCCUCAUCAUGGCUUCCGUUAUCCCACUCGUCAUCGACUCGGGACGCGUCCUAUGCUUGGACGUCGGUGCGGACUGCGAUAAGGAGAUCCAAGCUGCUCUCGCUGAUCUCGCAACCGUAGAGGGUCUAGCCAACUUUAGCGCUCCCCGCUUCUGGCCUCGAUGCGAGGGCGAAUUGAUCGGUUCCAUCCAUAUCCAACUCGCCCUCUCCCGCUCGGCGCACGAUCCUUCCCGCUAUUCUUCACCGGCGCUGCACAAGGGUCCGGCGAUCUAUGCGAACGCGGACAAGGUGGUGGCGCGAGUGGAGAAAGUGCUGCGGAAGGGAAUACCGGGGUUGGUGGAGAUGGUGGUUCAGGUGGAGGGGAGCGAGGAGAGGGUAUUUUGCGAUUGCAUGACAGGGGGAUAG